AGGAAACGAGGCCCAGGCUCUCGGCUCCUCUCCUCGUCCACUUGUUUAUCGGCGAGUGUCUCCCUCCUCUCCUUCCCCCUCUUCGCCUCUCCUUCAGCCCCUUCCCGGGGUCUCCCUGCCUCCGGUGGGGCGGCGGAGGGAGGCUGCGGGCCUUCCUGGGGGCCUGGCUUGGCAAAGUCUCUCCAGGAAGGAAUUUGCUCUCUCGCUUUUCAAUCUAUGAAUGCCAAAGCAGUGAUGGUGAAGUGUUGACGAAUCUUGCAAGAAGAUGCCAACACCGGGGAGAGGUCCAGGCAGACCUCCAAAGAACCCACGCACUUGCACGUGGUGUUCGGAGGUGAAGUCACAAUUGAAAUAUGUGUUCCCAACGAGCUCAGGAAAACGAGAAUUCUGCUCGGAAACGUGCCUCUCGGAGUACAGAAAGGCUCUUCGGAAGGGCACUUGUGCCAACUGUGACAAUGUCAUCCGCUCGACACCAGUCAAGUGUGAGACGUCAUCAGGCCGUCGGCGAGAGCUGUGCAGCAAUGAGUGCCUUAAGGCCUGGGCCAAAAAAGAAAAGGACAAAGAGCAGCAGCCAGACACAGAGGAGGAAGCAGGUGUGGCCUCUUCAUCCUUCUCCUCGAUGACGAGCCCGCCCUCCAGCAUGUCCCCCUCCUCGGGCAACGGUGUGUCACCCAACGAGAAGGCCUCCCUAGGCCCGGAAGCAGCUGCGGGUAGGAAAGGGCGGGGUCUAAGUGCUGCAGCCUUGGCACAGAUAGAAGCAGCUGCAGAGUUCAAUUGGGAAGACUACCUCAGGGAAACCAACUCCAUACCCUCACCUGCCAAAUGCUUCAAACAGCACAAAAUCCCCCCCAAGAAUGAGUUCAAGAUCGGCAUGAAACUGGAGGCACUGGACCCGCGCAACCUGACGUCCACCUGCAUUGCUACAGUGGUAGGGACAUUAGGCCCUAGGCUGAGGCUCAGGCUUGAUGGCUCUGACAACAAGAACGACUUCUGGCGCUUGGUUGACUGCAACAAUGAGAUCCACCCUAUUGGGCAUUGUGAGGAGCAUGGAGGAAUGCUACAACCUCCCCUUGGUUUCCGCAUGAAUGCUUCAUCCUGGCCGAUGUUCCUCCUGAAGACGCUGCAGAAUGCAGAGGUAUCCCCUCCACACAUCUUCCGCACAGAGCCGCCCACACCUGCCAAGAACUACUUUGAGGUUGGCAUGAAGCUAGAGGCUGUUGACAAGAAGAAUCCUCAGCUCAUUUGUGCUGCAACUGUUGGUGCCGUGAACGGAGACAUGAUCCACGUGACAUUUGAUGGCUGGAGAGGUGCCUUUGAUUACUGGUGCCGCUAUGAUUCCAGAGAUAUCUUCCCUGUGGGAUGGUGUGCUAUGUCAGGGCACCCUCUGCAACCCCCAGGCCAGAUGUGGGGCCCUCCCAGCAGCCGUUACAAGGCACGGGUCUUGAACAUCCCUCCUCCCCUGGCUGGUUCCUCCAAGUCCCCGGAAGUGCCCUCAGCGACUGCAGCAAGCGACAAGAGCCCCUCCUCUGCGGCCAGCUCCCCCCUGGCCAAGUCGGGAGGCCGUGGCAGGCACCACUCCCCCACCACCCCAGGCAGCCCCCCCCUCCCAGCCACAGUCCACACCCACCAAGGCGGGCUCGCUUCAGAACUCAUCCUAUCGACAAAGUCAUCUACGUCCACCUCCGCCAAAUCAUCCUCGUUAAGUAAGCCAUCAUCAACCAGCAAGUUACCCCCUUCAUCUUCGUCUUCAUCAUCACCUUCGCCAUCAGCUACAGCGCUCACAGUCAGUCAGUCGAGCGGCAAGCCCACCUCAUCUACUAAGUCAUCUACAUCAUCGGGGCCGCCUGCUAUGACCCCGCUCACUUCUACGCCCAUCAAGACUCCUGCAGGAUCAGGAGGAUCGGAAAGCAUCAAUAGCACCCCCAAUGCCAGCCAGUCCAGUGUACCACCCCCAAAUGCGGGAACUUCAGCAGCCAUCACAUCCUCUACCACGCCUUCAGCCCUACCGCACCCAUCUAACCCCAGAACACCUGAGCCCCCAACAUCACCUUCCAUCACUUCCUCGCAGAAACCCCUGGGUGCCUCGUCAUCCUCCACCACCUCCUCCUCCUCUUCCUCUUCAUCCUCUUCAUCACCAAUGGUUGCUGGGCCGGAGUCAACAAUACCUGUUCCUCAACAAAAAUCACCAAGUAUAACAGUUACAGAACCAGAUACCUCGACUGUCCACAAAUUAAGUGCCUCAGUUGUCGUUUAUGUUAAUCAUGGCUGCACGUGUGGACCAUACCUGGACUCUGGUCGUGUGAGCGAGCUCCCUGUCCAGUUUGGGCCAGGGAGCCUCAACCGUGUUGUGCGAGAGUCUGUCCAAGCCCUGGUUGAUGCCGCCCCUGACCCUCGUGCAGUCACUUCCCUCCUACCUCGUGGCAACGGCAAAGUUAUUAUCAAAGAUGGGGAUGCGGAAACCCAUCGACUAACAUCUUUAGAGAAAGUGGAGGAUUUCUGGAGUGCUCUUGAGUCGCUCUUUGAAGAUCUGAUGUGCUGUGAGAACUUCUACACACAGCAGCCAAUCACCCAGUGUACCAAGUGUGCGCGGCAGAGUCCUGCACAAUUCAAAAGGGACCAAGAAGCAGCCCAGCAUGUGGCAGUGUCCAACAACAAGCGACCAGCCUCCAGUGAGCCCAGUGAUGUCCUCAGUCCAUCAAAAGUUGCCAAACGAGUAUUACAAGAGCCAUCCCCCUCAUCAGCAAGUGAGCCUGGGCAGAGUCCCCGGCCAAGAGGCGACCCGGCUGAGUGGACUGUGGAGGAAGUCAUCACUCACAUUGCGGCCACUGACCCUGCACUGGCCAAUCAUGCUGACCUCUUCAGACGGCAUGAGAUCGAUGGGAAGGCUUUGCUGCUCCUCAACAGUGACAUGAUGAUGAAAUACAUGGGCCUCAAGCUGGGCCCGGCCCUCAAGAUCUGUAACCUGAUCAACAAAAUCCGUGGACGCAAGCACCUUGUCACCUAACAGCGCUGGAGCAGUGUUUCUCACUCAACGAUGGGCACCAGAGAGAGGAAUUGCUCAGAAAUUUGUCUCGUGGAAUCAUUUAAUGAGUGGCUUAUCUUUAUCUUUAUUUUAUUUUUCAUUGUAGUAUUUUCUAAAUUCUUUUUAGGUAUGGGGAGCAGUUUCAUUAUCAGAAUUAUUAUUAUAAUCUUUGCUACAAAAGAAGUUUAGUUAAAUCCCACUUGUGUAACUGGAAUAUGUUGAAGAGUUGAAGUUCAGAAAGUUAAAAGAAAACUCAAGCUGAACACACCCACGAGGGAAAGCAUAAUGUGAUGGAAACCUCUGGAAUGAGAUAUGAAGUAGACCUCUUUAUGGACUGAGACAUUCAUGAGUGACAAGUAAUUAUGCCUCGAAUGGUGUAGUGACGUUGGCUCCAGUCAUUUGGCUGCAGUGGGUAUGGCUUGCAUUUGAGUGACGGGUGGGCGUUCUACCUGCAGAUUGGUCUAGUGGAAGCAUUGUCCUGUUUAUUAUUAUUUUUUUUUCUUUCUUAGUUCUUUGGACACAAGACAAACUCUGGGAUUUUAUAGAUGUGUCCAACAGAGGUGAUGACAAUGCAACUUACUGUUUUGCUCGCAUCUGCUGCUGUCUUUGGUUUGUGGGCAGAUGUCUUGUCAGCAAAUGACUAUCAUAACAGGAGAACGAGCCUUACAAAGAAAAAAAAUAUAAGAAGAUAGGAAGAAGAUUAAAGAAUUUAUGUAGAUAUUUUUAUAUACAGUCAUGCAUUUAUUGCUUACCAUUGCUUGCAAUUAUAGUGCAAAUUACUUUUUGACGUUUACAACUUUGUCGUGUUUGGUGCGUCCCUGUUGCCCCCCCCCCCCUUUCCUCCCUCCCUCCAAUGACUCUCUCAAUGUUGUAGAAUCACCAGUAGUUGUAUUUUACUCCUGUUAGGUGUUUCAUAUCAGCCGUGGAAGUGCGUGCUGGCCAUAUCAAAACUCACCGAUCUUAUGCAAGUAAAAUCAAGACUUGGACGAAAGGGAGCCAGCUGUGUGGGUGCCAGCCGUCUCAAUGCCUUACAAGUGGCUUCCCUUGUCUUGUCUCUCCCUUGCCCUUAUUUUCUCUCCUCCUCCUCCUCCUCCUCCUCACACUUGUAGUCUUGCAGAAAUCUUUGCAUUUGCCAGUGGUUGUAAAUGUUUACUUUUUCAACUUAGCUUUAGAAGAGCUGUAUCACACUAGAAAAAAAGAGAAUAAAAAAGGACAAAUUGUUUGUGAAAUAAAGUAAAACGAUAAUUUUGACACUAUAUUUUGUAAGGAGUAAUUUCUAUUAGACAGGAUAUGACGUGGGUGUCUGCCAGCAAUAUUUCUUACAAGUAUGUUCUCUACUUGAAGAGGUUUAGAAAUCUAUUGAACUUCUGAUGUGUCUCCUCUUCUGUCAAACACAUUUCACUGUUCUUUUCUCUUGCUGCAAGUAGGAGCAGUUGUCCAGACAUUUUUGUGUGUUUGAUGAAGUCGUUAUUUACAAAUGGGAGAAAAGACAGUAGAUUAUAAGAAGUUGAUGUAUAUGGCAGUUACAGCAUAUUUCUUGGAAGAAUAGAACAGUGCAGGGACAUUUGAAGAAAGUUUAAUAUAUGAUUUACUGUGCUCUAUGAAUAUGGACAAAGUCUCAAACAAAUUGUUUUAUGAUUUAGAUUAAAAACACAUGAGAUGAUAGUGGCUGUUUAUUCUAGUUGAUAGGCCUUUUAAUUGUUUUCCUGUUCAGAGUUGUUUGCAGAUAUCACAAACUCUGGUCCAGAGACCUUUCUACUCUGCUACAUCUGUAAACUAUGCCUUGGUAAUUAGUACCUUGUAGAAAAUCAUCAAAUGCAUUUUAUUUUUUUAAUUAAUGUAUAUUUAUUGUUGAGUGUAGAAAGUUCUCUCUGGGAUUGUGGUUGCCCAACAUCCUUGUUGUUGGGGAAUGUUAGGGCCCCUUGCCCACAAGGCCACGGGGUUGAGCUUGAUUGGUAUGGCGUACUCCAGGGGAUGGAACAUUUUGUCUUCAAUUUGCAGGUGUUCGUUGGCUCUUUAUUGUUUUGUUCCUCCAAAUUUUAGACAGAAUUCUUACAAUCCUACACACAUAUGUAAUCACAUCCACACACACACAAUCACACUCAUGCACAUGGCUCACUCUCUUCUUUUACACACUCACUCUCGCUCUCACUCUAAUACCAACACCCAAACUCAUGCAAAUACAUAUGCACACUCUUGGUCUUGCAUAUUUUCUCAAGGAUUGAUUUAUUGACUCGUGCAAACACAUGCAUACACUGAAAAAAACAUGCACGCACACGCCCACAUGCACACACACGCCCAUAUGAGCACACGCACACACACAUCCAUAUGCGCAUACACGCACACACACACAAAGCUGCAUGUGCGCGCAUGCACAUAUAUGUAUGGAUAAUAAAUACCCCAGCACAGUGUCCACUUGUGCACCCCUGGAAAUGGCCAGACCAUUCUAAAUAUUAUAUGGAUGUUGAUGCGAAUCAGAGGAUGGCGCAGGAAAGGCAUGGGCUCCUUCCACCAGGAUGCCAUUGCAGAGGCCCAGAAGCUGAAGUAGAUGUAGAAGCAGUUGACUAUUCCCAUCUGUUAAUUUUUGUUCCACGGCAUUGAAUUUAACAUGGCAAGGAAGGAGGGAGGACCCAGGCGUUGUGGACUCUCCAUGUGUGGCUGUGAGGUGCGUGUGCUUAUUUUGAAAGGCCAUGAAAGAUUGUUAACGUGCGUGAGAUUGCUUUGAAGCAUGUUUAUCCCUGAGCAGGGCUAUUAACGAAUAUAUCAUAGGUCAUCUAUUCCUAACAUGUUGAGUUUCAUUCAUUUAUCUGUUCUUUUGGUUUUGACUAUACGUUAGUGCUUGUUUACUUGUUUUGGAUAUUCCCGGAAAAUCACAGAGAGGCUUGGAUAUACAGGAUAAGUCAUUUGUAUCCAAAGGUACAACCUGAAGGGGCCCACCGUCAUAUAUUAACCAUGUGAGUUUUGUGCUGUUGUUUAAUGCAGCACAAAUUGAUUCCUCUUGGAUGGGUGAAGCCGCGAAAGUACAAGACAAACUCGCGUGGAAAGCACACGCUUCUGUUUAUAAUGUAUCCCAGAAUUGAUUGAGAUUAUUUUCUCUCUCUUCUAUUUUUAGUGCGUGUUAUUUUAGUAUUUCUCCCCAUGUCCCCAGAUGUGAAGGGGUUCAAAAUUUGUGAUAUUAGAUUAAGGCUGGUCUGCGUGAUGCUAGUACAAUUUUAAAGUUCAUCUAAGACAUACUUUACUGAUAAGAGCUACAAAUGACUUCACAGAUGCUAGCCUUUGCAUAUUUUUAGCUGUGAAAGCCACAGAAAGAUGGGGCACAGCAACCGCUCAGCUUGUGUCUAGGGUGAAGGUGGAGCGAGAUGAGGUUGGUGUCAGGAGCUGGAGUUGAGCUUAGCAGGUUAACAGAACGAAAUUCCAACCACGCUGGAGUGACUAAAGGGCCAACAAUAAUGUUGCUUUCAGUUGAUUUGAUUUUCUCUGAUGAAUAUCUUCCAGCAUGUUGAUGACAAGAGCUGAUAUUGAUGUUUACAAAGUUCACUGUGUAAGGAGUUUCAUCCUUGGUUUAAGAAAAUAUAGCUUUGCCAACAAAGGAGCUCUGAAGGUAAUCUUCAGAUUUAAGUCUGCCAUUUUUGUUUUUCUCCUUACUGCAGCCACUGUGUGAUAUUUACUUGUUCUUUAUCUUAAUAGGUUGUUGACAAUUUCAUCAAAUUUGUUGCCAAACUGUGGAAAAGAAAUUCUUGUUUAUUUUACUUGCAAUUACAUUUUUUAUACCAAGUCGGGAUUCUCCUCCGAAUCUGUUCCGUUUUUGUCUCAAAAUGCAGGAUGCUGCUAAGGCCUUGCUGUCUUUCCCCUAGGAGGCGGUUGCAACAUUGCAUCUCUUGGCACUGUAACUGGUGUAUGCCCCAAGAAGUUCAGAUGCACCACAAGAGACAAAUUGUUGAUACAAGUCCUGUUUUAGAGAAAUUAAGUCUGAUAAUGGGAGGAGAAAAGAAGGAAGGCAGGAUAAUCAUUUGAGGUUUUACCAUGGCUUUAAGUUCUGUUUUGUUUAGGCUGACAAUGAUUGAGAGGUGGAAACCCAUAUCACCACAGAGGAGUAGGUAUGCCUGCGAUUUAUCCUUUUGCCUAAUAUUUAGCAGUAGAGAAAUUCAAGAAGACUGACAGGAAGAAAGUGAGAAAAAGAGAGAGAGAGAGAGAGAGAGAGAUAGAGAGAGCAAUAGGUUGAGUCAUUAGUGAGAUAUUAGAUUUAAUGAAAGAAGGGAAAAGUGAAUAUAUAGAAAUGAGAAAAAGUUUCCUUGGCACAUCUUACUAAGAAAAAGCAACUAAAUUCAUGCUCUCAGUCUGAAUGGCAAGGGAAGUGUUUCUUGCCUCUUAUCUCAUAAUUAUCUGUGUUUUUAUUUUAUUUUUUUGCCCCAAUGAUUAAGGAUCAAAAGAAAAGAUGUUCUCGCUAUGAGGAGGAAAGUGGAUCUGUUCGCUGUUCUUCGUACCAGCUCUGGAGUCCUUGACUUUGUAUACAUAAUUGCUGGGAGUCAUUGUAAACAUUAUGUAAUAUAUUUGGAAAUUAAAA